CAUGAUGAUUUGUAUAAGGUUGUGAAUUGUAUUUCAACGUUAUAAACUAGGUGAACUGCUACCAUCUAUCGGGACACUUCAUAGCAUGAGCCAGUAGGCGUGGGUCUUCUACACGCACAUUUUGUAGUCAAUGGAAGGACUUGAACUGUACAUUUUGUAUGUUGUAAAAAUAUACCGGUAUAUUUUCAAUUUAUUUUAUUUUGUGAUGCCACCGAAUAAUUAAAUGAACUUGUUAGUAGUUUGUAGGUGAACAUCUAGCAAAAUGGAAGAUGGGCAGGAUACAGGUACAUGCUUGAAAGAAGGCUCUCCCGGUGAACUGGAGAUAGAUGAAGAAAUGGAAAUGGAUGAAGGUUCAGGAGGGGAAGAAGAAGAAGAGGAGGUUGGUGAUCCAGGGUCAUCACCAAGUCCAGAGCAGCAAUCAACCUUGGUUCAUGGAUCCUCUGAACAGGCUGGAACUACAGAUGCAGCUUUUCCCCUUUCACAAGAUGAUGGUUCCACAGCUCUGCACAAACAUUCACACUUCAGUGGGAAGCCACUUAGCUUACGAAGAGGGCCAGGUCGACCGAGGAAAGAUAGGCUGUCUUCGAAGUCGUCAAGGAAAUCAGCAGGAUUAAAAUUAAGAAGGUGGAAGAGCAGUGUGUAUGUCCAUGGAAUCACAAAGUCACCAAGUCUCCUGAAGGAAGAGUCACGGGAUGCUAGUAAUCCUGUUCUGGAAGAUGUUGAACCUUCACCUGAGUCACCAAGUCCUGUCAGGUCUGUAGAUGAAUUGGGUGCAGCUUCAGCCUCCUGUGUUGACCCAGAAACUGGACACAGUGAAUGUUCUGCUACUGCAGCAGCUUCCAAGACAGAAAAGAUGAUGGCCCCAGAAGAACCCCCAUAUUUUCAGGAGCAGUGGCCUGGAAAGGUCUGUGCACUCUGUAAUUUGGGUGAGAGAAGUCAGCUGGGCCAAGGUGACCUGAUGCGGUUCAGCUGUCCAGAAGGCUUCACGCCACAUAAAUCAUCUCCUGCGUCAGCAGAUCGGAGUGAUGCUGUUGAGAUGAUGAGUCCAUCAUCUGAGACUUAUGCAGGGGAUGCAGUAGACAGAGAGAGUGUUGGCAGUGGUGGGGACAAGAGCCCAAGAGGUGGUGGCGUCAGUGCUGUUACUGGUCGGCGCCAGAAGUGCAUGGCCAAGUCACGGAACCCCUCCCUAGGCAGCAGUGCAGAGCAGCUGGAUGAGCUUAGUGUAGUGGGCUACCCUGAAGAACCUGAAGUUGGUAGCCUGUUUGAGAGCUCAGGCCACUUUUAUGUGCAUCAGUCAUGUGCUCUUUGGUCAUCUGGAGUGACGAGGACAGAGGACUUGGUCAUGGAGAAUGUUGGGCCAGCGGUUCUGGAAGCUUCCAAGCGACGGUGUUCAUACUGCAGUCACUUUGGGGCCACCAUAACAUGUAUAGUUACCACCUGUACACGUGUUCUUCAUUUCCCCUGUGCUGCAGCGUCGGGUGCUUUUCAGGACUGCAAGACAGUUACCAUGGUUUGCAGCCAACAUCUGGACCAGGUCCCUUUGUUGUUGAGUGGGGAAGUUACCUGUAUGACGUGUUUUGCAUUGGGUGAUGUGUCCAACCUUAUGAUGUGCACGAACUGUGGACACCAUUACCAUGGAAGCUGUGUUGGACUUGCUCUCUUACCUGGUAACAUGUUGAAUUGUGACUUACUAAUGUGUAUGCAACAGAAUUUGGAAAGACUGCGAGCUGGAUGGCAGUGCCCUGACUGCCGUGUGUGCCAGGUGUGCAGGCAGCCUGAAGACGAUUCCAAGGUCAUGCUAUGUGAGAAGUGCGACAAGGCUUACCAUGCGCAAUGUCUCCGUCCGAUAGUUACUACGAUACCCAAAAUUGGUUGGAAAUGUAAAUGUUGUCGGGUGUGCAGUGACUGUGGCUCCAGAACUCCUGGUGCUGGCCUGUCGUCACGAUGGCAUGCUCACUACACCGUGUGUGACUCCUGUUACCAGCAGCGUAACAAGGGCUUCUCAUGUCCUCUCUGCAGGCGAGCUUAUCGUGCUGCUGCAUACAGGGAAAUGGUUCAGUGCGGGCGCUGUCGAAAAUUUGUUCAUGGAAUGUGCGAUGGGGAUGCAGAUCUGACAACGUAUAACCGUAAGAAGGAAAGUAACCCUGACUAUGAAUACGUCUGCCCAAUCUGUAAGCCACGCACACAGCCAGGGAGAGAAAUGCUUCCAAAGAGAAAAGACAGCACUGAAGAUGGUGGCUUGGAAUCUAGUCUGACAGGGUCUCAAGAAUCUCUGUAUGUUGCAGAGGAUUCUGGCAUGGAAGUGGAGUAUUCCUCAUCUGAUAAGUAUUCUGAUGAAGGGCCCAUGAGAGCAAUUGGAUUGGGCAAAGGGAAGCCAUUUUGUGCCAAGAAGAAACUGGGUUUCAGUAGUAUCAGUGGAAGAGGAAAGGUGAUCAGUGGUUACCAGAAACGGCAGAGGGUCACCGAUUUUGGUCGUAAGCGUGCCCCAAAAGCAAAAAUGAGAGGGAUCUUUGGGGUUCCUGGACUUGGUUUGCAGCGACCACAAGCAGAUUCUUCAUUCAACAAGUCGGAAGAAGAACCAGGAGUGGAGAAUCGCCUUGUAUUGUGUUCGGCCAAAGACAAGUUCGUUUUGACUCAGGACAUAUGUGUCAUGUGUGGUGCUAUUGGCAUUGAUCAGGAGGGUUGUCUUAUUGCCUGUGCCCAGUGUGGUCAGUGUUACCAUCCAUACUGUGUAAAUGUUAAGGUAACGAAGGUCAUACUUCAGAAGGGAUGGCGAUGUUUGGACUGCACAGUGUGUGAGGGUUGCGGGCAGCGCAAUGAUGAAGGACGAUUGAUACUCUGUGAUGACUGUGACAUUUCUUUCCAUAUAUACUGUAUGGAUCCACCUCUGGACUAUGUUCCACAUGGGAAUUGGAAAUGUAAAUGGUGUGCAAUAUGCAUGUCGUGUGGCUCAAAUGAUCCAGGUUUCAACUGUAUGUGGCAGAAGAGUUUCACAGAGUGUGGUCCAUGUGCCUCACACACAACGUGUCCGUCAUGUUCAGAGCCUUACAGUGAAGGGGAUCUCAUCAUUCAAUGUGUCCAGUGUGAGAGGUUUGUACUGUUGCAUAUCCACAGGGACCCAUUGCCUUACACGCUGUGUUUCACGUAUGAAUACAAGUCAGCAUCUCUGUCUGAAUUUUACUAUGGCAAGACCAGGUGGUUACAUUGUUCAUGUGACCAGAUCCGCACUGAAGCUGAAGCCGAGAGGUGCGCAGAAGACGGGUACAAUUGUGUUCUGUGUCGUCCCAGGGAUGUACCUCCCCCACAUUUGCAACCUCCGCCCCCACCACCAAAACCACCAACACCAACUAAAAGUCCAGGUAAGCAGGCAGGGAGAGAUUCUGAAACAGAACAUAAUAUAUGGAAGCUACUUUAA